GGCCGUUGGGGUUGACAGGGUCGUUGUUCUUGGAGACGUGGUCAGAAAUGGAUACGUCUUCACUGAUGGGGCUGGAGUAAUCACGCGUCAGCUUGGAAGAGGCAUUGCCGAGUCACUUGGGCUGAAUUACGUGCCAUCUGCCUAUCAAAUACGAUUUGGUGGUGCUAAGGGGGUGGUAACAGUACAGCCAGAUGAAGUGGUAGAGAAGAUACUGGUAGAGGGUAAUAGUAGUAAUAGUAGUAACAAUAGUAGUAAGGGUGAUAAUAAUAGUAGUAAGGAUAAUAGUAAUAGUAGUAAGGAUAGUAGUAAGGGUAACAAUAUUAAUAAGGGUGAUAAUAAGAGUAACAAUAAUAAGGGUAACAAUAAGGGUGGUAAUAAUAGUAGUAAGGUUAACAACAGUAGUAAGGGCAAUAAUGAUAGUAACAACAGUAACAACAACUACAACUACUACAAUAAUAAGGGUAAUAAUAACAGUGGUAAGGUUAAUGACUACAACCUAAUCAUCCUCAGGGAGUCAAUGGUUAAGUUUGAUUCAUCCCAUUCGGUUGUAGAAGUCUGUCAGGCAGCCAAGUCGCAUGAGUUCUUCCUGAACAGGCAGUUCAUCGUCAUCCUCGAGGGCCUUGGAAUCCCAGCAGCCACCUUCAUCCGCCUCCAGGACCAGUACGCCAGAAGCAUCCUCCGCCACGCAGUCUGCGACCCAGUCGGCCUCGCAAACAGGCACCUCUGCUUCGCAACGGCCGCAGUCACCAACUCGCUGCUCUUUGGCGUCACCAACGGCCUCCUGGCUGAAAUCAGCUCCAAGGCGCGCAUCCGCGUCGAAGACGGUCGCACGGCCAUGGGCGUGAUCGACGAAAGGGGCCUCCUGGAGCCAGACGAGGUGUUCAUCAUGUUCCAGGGCAGCUCGAGCGGCUGCACCGCCUACGGUGACUUCGUGGUGCCAACAGGCGUGGCCAUCGUGGCCAAGAACCCCUGCAUGCACCCCGGUGACAUCCGAAUCGUGAAAUGCGUCGAUCGGCCUGGCCUCCACCACCUGAAGGACGUCCUGGUCUUCAGCCAGCGCGGAGCCAGGCCGCUCUUCAACGAGUGCUCUGGCUCCGACCUCGACGGCGACGUCUACGCCAUUUCGUGGUGCCACGCCCUCGUCCCACGAAUGACAUUCAGGCCGUACCAGUACGGGGCAUCUGGUGGCCUAGGCCUCCUGAAGUCGAACAUCCUCAACAAGGACGUCGUCAACUUCUUCAUCCGCCACAUGCGAACGCAUCAGCUCGGACUGAUCUCAAAUGCCCAUCUCGCAUUUGCUGACAGACACUCCGUCUUCCACCCAGCCACCCUUCGCCUGAGCGAGCUGUUCAACCGAUCAAUCGACUUCGUCAAAACGGGAUCAACUGCCUCGAUCAGUGCUGAGCUCCACCCGGCCGAAUACCCCGAUUUCAUGGAGGCAGCCCCAGGCUACGUCUCAGAGAAGGCACUGGGCCGUCUCUACCGUAGAGCACGCUUCCACCAGAGACACGGGUCCUGCGAGUGCCACGGCUGCUUCAUCGACUCCCUCGCUGCCGUCGAUGAGCCAAUGAGGACGAUUCUACGAGGAUCGAGGCCACUCGUUGAGUUUGGCCGUGACGAGGAGGCCGAUCCAAUGGAGCUUCUUCUUCUCUCGGACUACAAGGCGGAAAUCAGGCUGCUCAUUCACAGGCACAGGGUGGCAUCAGAGGAGGAGCUGUUUAUGAGCAGGGAGACAGGGGUGAUACGGGAGAUGAGGGCAGUGGUGUCGAAGUAUCGUGGCAUAGCAUCGGGAAUGAGGGNCCAGAGACACGGGUCCUGCGAGUGCCACGGCUGCUUCAUCGACUCCCUCGCUGCCGUCGAUGAGCCAAUGAGGACGAUUCUACGAGGAUCGAGGCCACUCGUUGAGUUUGGCCGUGACGAGGAGGCCGAUCCAAUGGAGCUUCUUCUUCUCUCGGACUACAAGGCGGAAAUCAGGCUGCUCAUUCACAGGCACAGGGUGGCAUCAGAGGAGGAGCUGUUUAUGAGCAGGGAGACAGGGGUGAUACGGGAGAUGAGGGCAGUGGUGUCGAAGUAUCGUGGCAUAGCAUCGGGAAUGAGGGCUGGUGCAUCAGACAGGGUGUGUACGAGAGAGAGUGGGAUGUUUAGUAGCAUAAUACGAGUGAAACCAGCUAUUCAUAGGAGAAGAGAGUAUCGGUCAAAGGGGGUGAUAGGAAAGUACAGUGAGAAAUACUUCAGUUGCUACUUUAACAGUAAUAUAUUGAUAGAUGAUCAGGGUGGUGUAACAAAUGUGGAUGUUGAUCAGAAUAUCAACAAUAAUGAUAUUGAUCAUAAUAAUGAUGAUAUUGAUCAGAAUGUCAAUAUUGAUCAGAAUGAUGAUACUAAUAUCAAUAUUGACCAAUGUAAGCGCAAUUGCAGUAAGACUGCCAUUUACACCAGAUUGGAUGAUAACUUCAUUCUGGUCAAGGCUGACUACCAGAGAAUGGCCCACCUUGUUGACCAGCUGGGCCCAAAGAGACGUGACCUCUUUUCAGAUGCAUUCAACCUGCUUCUUCUGACUGGCGCCUACUCCCUGAAUGAGAUGGACCGAAUCACCAACAUCCUCCUCUACAUCAACAACGAGAUGGAUCGAGUUGAGCCAGAUCGAUCAGUUCCACCUGAGAAGGAGGAGGUGUUCAAGUUCAUCGAUGUCUCAUUCGCCCUGUCAAAUGACGCCCUCUUUCGAGUUGCAUUUGUGGUUGGCCUGGACGUGUCACUUUUCAGGAAGAUUGGAAUGGCACGAGGGGUGGAGCUGAAGACGGGGCAGAGGAGACGCAGUCACAGGGUGUGCAAGGAGAUCGACAUGGUGGUCCACGGGAUGCUGGACGACGAGGACGAGGUUGAGUUUGUGGGUGACUCCGCCUGUGCUGGAAUCCGCCUGAAAAACAGGGGCUACUGCGAGUUCAACUACCACAGGGAGCACGUGAGAGACUUCAUUCUGAAUGGAUUCUAUGCUCCAUCAAACAUUCUGGUUGUCAGGCAGUGGAAGAAGAGUGUCUGUUACAGGGUGUCAUUUGAACCAGGGCGACUUAAUUUGAGUAGGAUACCAGGAAGAGUAUUCAACUCGAGCAUGAAGAUCAAGGAAGUGGUGGAGGAAGUGGCAGCUGGGAAGGUGGACGUGCUGUUUGAGAGCAGUCUACGAGAGAUGGAUGCAGGAGAGAAGACAAGGAGGAUCCAGGUCUGCUACGAAAGACGGACGUAUUGGAUCGAAUAUGUUGAUGAAAUAGGAAAAAGGGUAGUGAAGAGAAUAAGCAGAUCAAGGGAGUCAUUGGGGAAGAUGUACGUUGUGAAUAGGCUGAAUAGUUUCAUGGAUCCAGGUGUACCAGAAAGAAGUGAUAAGUUGGAUUAUACGGUAGAAUUGACUAGGGAGAAACUGCUCUAUUCUGGUGAAAUGGAAGAAAUGGGAGAAAUGGGAGAGAAAGAGGGUAGGAGACUGAAGGAGUGGAUUGAGAGUGGAGGAGAGAGAGACGAGAGGAUUGUGGUGGAGGAAGUGGUGGAAAGAGAGCAGCUUGAGAUGAGUGUGGUGGAGAAGGUGGUUGAUGGACCAGAAGUGGGGUUGACUAAAUUCUACUACGAGCAGAGUUGGAUAAGCAACGAGGACAAUCUGAGUGCAUUUGAUAGGAUAUUCAGCAGUCUAUGGAAGCAGUACUCAAAGUGGUGA